AUGGCUCCAAAGAAGGUCGAAAAGCAAGGCGGGGGGAAGAAGCCUUCCGCUACGAAGGUCGUAGAGGACAGGACUUUUGGAAUGAAGAACAAAAGGGGUGCCCAGACACAGAAGCAAAUCGCCCAGAUGACGCAGUCUGCGAAGGCUGGUGGAACACCUGAAGAGAAGAAAAAGGCAGCGGACAAGGCGCAGAGGGAGAGGGAAAAGGCUGCGGCCGAGCAAGCAAAGCGGGAAGAUGCAGAAUUAUUCAAGCCUGUUCAAGUCCAGAAGGUCGCCUUUGGGGUCGAUCCGAAGACGGUACUUUGCCAAUUCUACAAAAAGGGCCACUGUGAGAAGGGGAGGAAGUGCAAGUUUUCACAUGAUUUGAACAUCGAACGGAAAGCCCAGAAGAAGGAUAUGUACCAGGAUACUAGGGAGGAAGAAGAAGCCAAAAAGAAAGAAGAGACGUCCGAGGACUGGGACGAGGCUAAGCUGCAGGCUGUCAUUCUUUCUAAGAAGGGCAAUCAGCGGACAACGACAGACAAGGUCUGCAAGUACUUUGUAGAAGCCGUGGAAAACGGCAAAUACGGCUGGUUCUGGACAUGCCCAAAUGGCGGCGAUAAAUGCAUGUACCAGCACAAGCUACCCCCCGGAUUCGUUAUAAAAACAAAGGAGCAGCGAGCAGCAGAGAAAGCACUUCUAGAUAAAUCGCCGCUGAAAACCCUGACCCUAGAGGACUUCCUUGAAUCCGAACGCCAUAAACUCUCAGGAAACCUCACGCCUGUUACGCCGGAGUCGUUCGCAAAGUGGAAAGCAGAGCGAAUGGACAAGAAAGCUGCCGAGGAUCAAGCUAGGCUUGCCAAAGAAGCCACUGGUCGUGCCAUGUUCGAGCAGGGCGAUUGGAAUGCCAGCGGGGACGAAGACGAAGGCGAAGAUGAAGGCGGAGACGAUGAAGCUGAAGAAGGAGAUGAUGCGUGGAACCUGGAGAGACUACGGCAGGAGACCGAGGCUCUACGAGAGAAGAAAGAGACAGAACGACUCGCGGGCUAUGGUAGCCAAGGAGGCACCAACGGCGAUAAUGGCGUUUUGGGGCACACUGAGCCCGAUAUCAAUGGAACGGAUAAUGGGGAGGGGCCUUCUUAA